UUCCUCCUCUCCUUCCUUCCUGCAGCCUCGGCCCUUCUCAGCUGAAAAAGGAAGAUGAGAAGCCGCCGCUGCAGCCCCGAACAGAACCGACACUGAACCGAACCGGACCUCCAGAGGAAUGUCGGCGGAGCGGCUGCUGUCGGAGCGCAGGCCGAGCCCAGCUGCCGAACCCCGGCCCUGAACGCGACGCGACCAGCCUGGAGCAGCGGGGCGGGUGGAGCUGCAGCCCCGCCGGGCCGGACCCAACCGAACCGAGCCGAGGAGAGUUCCUGUCAUCCACCGUCCUGCCUGCCGGCGAUGCAGAGAAACCUGCGGGACUAAAGUGUCGACCGCAUCCUGAAACCAGAACCGAACUGAAGCCCGCAUUCAGGUGGCGGCAUGGAGCGCUCCGGCAGCAUCCAGCUGGACAUCCCUGACUUCAGCAACUCUGUCCUGUCGCACCUGAACCAGCUGCGCGUCCAGGGCCGCCUCUGCGACAUCGUGGUCAACGUCCAGGGCCAGAGCUUCCGCGCGCACAAGGUGGUCCUCGCCGCCAGCUCGCCGUACUUCCGCGACCACAUGUCGCUGAGCCAGAUGAGCACCGUGUCGCUGACGGUCAUCCGCAACCCGUCCGUGUUCGAGCAGCUGCUGACCUUCUGCUACACGGGCCGCCUCUGCCUGCAGCUGGCUGACAUCAUCAGCUACCUGACCGCCGCCAGCUUCCUGCAGAUGCAGCACAUCAUCGACCGCUGCACCCAGAUCCUGGAGGGCAUCCACCUGAAGAUCAGCCUGGCCGACGUGGACGAGGCGACACGCGACGACGGCGACGACAUCGCGCCGCCGCGGGCGGCCCGGCCCGGCAGGACCAUGGAGGCCAUGGUGCGCGGCGGCGGCCAUCACGGCGGGUUGAGGCUGCUGGGCGCCAGAGGCGGCGCGGAGGUGUGCGAGGUCAUCAGCCCGGCGGAGGAGCCACUCAGCCCGCCGCCGACCGUGGAGCACAGCGGGCUGGCGGGACCUGGCGCCACCAGCAGCAGAACCAGCAAGGAGCCGAUUCUCCGAAUCAACCGGGCCGGCCAGUGGUACAUGGAGACGGGCAGCGAGCCGGAGAGGACCGACAGCGCCGAGGAGGGCGGCGGCGGCGUGGACCGCAUCAGGAUCAAAACGGAGCGCAUGGAGGACUGGAUCGGAGCCGGAGGGAACCAGGAGGAGGCGGCGGCCGCAGAGGAGGGCGGAGCCACGGUGAUGAUCGACACGUCGGGCCGCAGCACGCUGAUGACGGCGCCGCUGGGCGGGCUGGGAACCCGCAGCGGACAGGCGUCCUCCAGCUUCAGCGAAACGGACCGGUUCAGUCCCACCGGCAGCGUGGUCGUCCUCACCGAGCGCCAGAGAGCGAAGAGCGAGUCUCCGAGCCGAGCCGACGAACUGCGGCAGCCGAGCUCUCAGGGCGAAGAGCACGCGGCGUUCGACAUGGGCGGCUACGAGGAUUACCUGAGGGAGCAGGUGGGCGACCGCUGGUUCCGCUACAACCCGCGGCUCACCUGCAUCUACUGCUGCAAGUCCUUCAACCAGAAGGGCAGCCUGGACCGCCACAUGCGGCUGCACAUGGGCAUCACGCCGUUCGUCUGCCGCAUCUGCGGGAAGAAGUACACCCGCAAGGACCAGCUGGAGUACCACAUCCGCAAGCACACCGGCAACAAGCCCUUCCACUGCCACGUCUGCGGGAAGAGCUUCCCCUUCCAGGCCAUCCUCAACCAACACUUCCGCAAGAACCACCCGGGCUGCGCGCCGCAGGAGGCCCACAGCGCCUCGCCCGAGACCACCACCGCCUCCGUCCCGUCCCGCGGCGGCGGCCCGAGCGACGAGGCCUCGCCCAGCCAGGAGGAACCCGAGGCCGGCGGCGGGAGCAACAGCGGCCAUUACGCAGACGGCCCUCAGACCUCGGUUUCCACCACGGGGCCCGACUGACCCGCGCGGAGGAGACGAGGCGAACGCCGCGCCGGUCCCGUCUGAAGUCAACGCACACCUCAGAGUCCGAAAUGAGAUUCUUACCGCUUUAAA